AUGAAUGCCAUUAGUGAGCCAACAGUGACAGUUCCAAAGACAAGGAAGGAAUACAACGAUACCGACCGCAAAGCUAGAAAAACUUCUGAGCAAAAAAGAUACUCGUCUGUGGAAAUCUGGGAGGCUCUCCAAAUCGCACAUGAAGGAACAACUCAAGUCAAGCAGUCAAAUAUCGACACGCUCACUACUGAGUAUGAACUCUUCAGGAUGAAGGAUGAUGAAUCCAUUCAGGACAUGCAUACUCGAUUUACCUCCAUCAUCAAUGAGCUUCACUCCUUGGGAGAGAUCAUUCCAAGGAACAAACUCGUCAGGAAAAUACUCAGUGUAUUACCUGGCUCUUGGGAAAGCAAACUCAAUGCUAUCACAGAGGCAAAAGAUCUGCAGAAGCUGACCAUUGAUGAGCUCAUUGGAAAUCUGAAGAUCUAUGAAAUGAAGAAAAAGAAUGACCAUGAAAGAAGAAAACCCAAAAAAAAGAAGAACCUGGUCCUCAAGAUAGACAACAAUGACUCAAGUGGUGAGUAUGCUGAUAUGGCCAAUCUGACAAAAAGAUUUCAGAAAAUGCAAGACCAGUACAAGAAUAACACAGACAAAACAGCCAAGAGGAACCCGGUUCUUGACAAGAGAUUCAAGAGAAAAGAUGCGGCUGACAAUGUUGUGAAACAAGCCCUUGUUGCAUGGGGAGAUUCCUCCAGUGAAUCUGCGGGAGAUGAUGAACAAGGUGACACCUUCAUGAUGGCCGUUGAAAGCGAAGCAGCUGAAUAUGACUCUAUCUUUGCCCUGAUGAAAAAAUCUGACGAGGAUGAAGAUGGUGAGGACGAUAAGAAUAUGUUAACUAUGGAACUAGGAGAGGUAGAGCAUGAGAGAGAAUAUUUGGUAGUCGUAGUGGUUGAUUUAAAAGAAACCAUUAAGGAUUUAAAGAAAGAAAAGGAUGCUCUAACGGAGAAAAUUGAAAACGUAAAGCAUGAGAGAGAUGACUUGUUGGUAGUAAUUGUGGAUCUAAAAGAAACAAUUGAAGAAUUAAAAAGGGAAAACAGUUCUGGGAACACUCAAAAGGGUAAGGAAGUCGCAAGUGAGGCACACCUUAGGCUUGAAAAUGAGCUCAAAGGAAUUGGGUUCCAAAAGGAAAAGACUCCUUACAACCCACAUAGCAAGUAUAUUACUGUACCUGAUAACUGGCUUUGCACUCACUGUGGCAACACUGGGCACUUUAAAGAAUCUUGUAAAGCUAGAUUUCAGUCCCAACAGAAAAACAAUAUUUUUGCUGAAAAAGUACCAACUGCUAAGGAACAUGGUCCCUCCAAUAAAAAAUGUAUGAUGCCUGCUAUUACAAGAAGAAGCUUAAUUCGCCCUUUCCCUCAUUACAAGGGAGAAGUGAAAGGAAGAAGCCAAAGAUGGUAUAUGGAUAGUGGUUGCUCUAAGCAUAUGACUGGAAGCACUGAUGAUUUCCUCUCACUCAAAGUCCUGCAAGGAGGGAGUGUGUCAUUUGGCAAUGACAAAAAGGUAUACAUUCUGGGAGUAAGACGAGUUGGGAAGACACUCACUCACUCAAUUGAGAAUGUGUACUACGUGAACGGCCUGAAAUACAGCCUAUUGAGUGCCUCUCAAAUCUGCGACAAAGGAAACAAAGUUGAAUUCUUAUCAAAGAUUUGCACUGUCACUAAUCUUGUAACUGGUGAAGUGAAGAUUGGGACAUGCAAGCUUUUCAUUGCUGAACAAGUUGGUCAAGAAGGACCUGGUCCGUGGGCCUCCCAAGUCAAGGUUCAAGGAUCACAAGAUUUAAGUGAAGAUGAGCCAUAA